AUGGAAAACUCACUCCCAGCGCUGUGCGCUCCCGACCUUCCACGUAUGAUGCCUCGGUUUACCUGCAGCGUGCUGAAGAAGCCGCUUCUCGGUUACGCGAUUCCCCAUAUGUUGACGUCCUGUACUCUGCGGUGGCACAUAUCGCGCUUCGCACAUACAUAUAAAUCGCUACAAGCCUGUCAAUCUGAUUUCUUCAUCAACGGUUACACCAUGAAGCCAACUUUGAGCGACUCCGGUGCCCGCGGCACCCUCGAGUACCGCGGAUUCUUCCGCGACGAGAGCGGCCAGACUGUAUCGCCGUGGCACUCGAUUCCCUACAAGUGCCCCUCCAGCGGCUUGUACAACAUGGUGGUCGAAAUUCCGAGGCAUACGACCGCCAAGAUGGAGAUCGCUACGAAGUUGGAGAACAACCCUAUCAAGCAAGACGUGCUGAAGUGCGGCAGCUUGCGUUUCCUGGACUGCCCGUACUACUGGAACUACGGCGCCAUCCCGCAGACGUGGGAAGCGCCCAUCCAAUACGGCGCUGACGACCCGCACAUGAAAGGACUCUCUCUCGUCGGCGACAACGACCCCGUUGAUGCCAUCGACGUCAGCCAGACAACGAUGCCGUUCGGCUCGGUCGUGCAGGUCAAGGUCGUCGGCGCGCUUGCCCUCGUGGACGAGGGCGAAAUCGACUGGAAGAUGUUCGUCGUUCGCAGUGACGACCCUCACUUCGACGACAUCAAGGACUUUGAGGACAUCGACCGGUUCUACCCGGGCACUACCACCGGCGUCAUGGAGUUCUUCAGGUGGUACAAGACCCCCAAGGGCAAGCCGAUCAACCAGUUCUUGGCCGGCAAGACCUUUGUUGGCCGCGACGAGGCCGUGAAGGUCCUCGAGGAGAUGCACGACUCGUACCAGAAGCUCCUUAGCGGCGAGCUCAGCGCCGGUGGUCUCUGGGUACCUAAGGCGUAG